AGCCAAUCCAUUUUAACUUAUUUACCACUUUAAUAAUUUUAAGUGACUGUGUGUGCGCCUUUAAUAUUGGUGGUAAGGCUUGGACGAGUGUAAAAAGUCAAACAAAUAUUUUAAAGAUAAAACUUAUUUGCCAUGGCUCCACCACAAAAUACAUCGGAACUAAUAUGGGUUUCUCCACUUAAUACGGAAUUUCAAAAGCCAGGAGUUACUAAAAAGUGUCCUUGGAGGGAAUGUCUUGGAAAAGAUAUUCAAUCGCCUCACACAAGACAAGACUGGAAACAGAAGUAUCCCAACGGAGUCUUUCCAGACGUUCUAUCCAUGAUAGGAAACACCCCGUUGGUUAAACUGAAUAGCAUUCCUCAAGCAGAAGGUCUUGAAUGCAAUAUUUGGGCAAAAUGCGAAUUCGUAAAUCCAGGUGGUUCAAUUAAGGACCGAAUGGUAAAAAGGAUGUUUGAAGAUGCCGAAAGGCAAGGUCUUAUUAAACCAGGAAUGACUAUUAUUGAACCAUCUUCGGGGAACACUGGUAUUGCUGUUGCUUUAAUGUCAGCACUUAAAGGAUACAACUGCGUCAUCGUUAUGUCUGAAAAGAUAUCCGAAGAGAAAGAAGCUGUAAUUAUUUCACUAGGAGCUAAAGUUGUACGAGUACCAGUUACAGAAGGAUCGUUUGAUAAGACAGGGCUAUUUGGAACAGCUGCUAGAUUGCAUAAGGAAAUUCCCAAUUCAUUUAUUCUGGAUCAGUUUAAUCAUCCUGGAAAUCCUCUAACGCAUUAUGAUACGACUGCUAAUGAGCUUCUGGCUCAGCUGGAUAAUAAAAUUGAUAUGGUCGUAUUUGGAGGUGGUACUGGAGGAACUGUAACAGGCAUCGGUAGGAAAUUUAGGGAAAUAUCACCAAACACAAAGUUGGUUGGUUUUGAUCCGGAAGGUUCCAAGUUUGCUUACCCAGAUAGUCUUAACACUAGCGACAAUAAAUUUUGGGAAAUUGAAGGUAUUGGGUAUGAGUUUGUGCCAGGUGCUCUGGAUCAGCAAGUAUGUGACUAUUGGGUAAAAAUAAAUGAUAUGGACGCAUUGCCAAUGGGAAGAAGACUAAUGAAGGAAGAAGGGCUAUUAGUAGGAAUGAGCGCUGGUGCCGCUGUUGCUGCAGCAGUCAAAGCAGCUAAAGGGCUUAAAAAGGGCCAAAACGUGGUUGUAUUUAUGCCUGAUAGUAUUAGAAAUUAUAUGACCAAGUUUGUAUCUGACCGUUGGAUGGAAGCAAAAGGGUAUCAACCUUGUGAAAACAAAAACAAUUUAUGGUGGUGGGACAAGCCUGUGUCUAGUAUUAAAUAUGCUGAGCCAGAGCUAAUUAAUAGUAAAGAUACUCUUGCCUUUGCUCUUGCGCAUUUAGAGAAUAAGAACAGGAAAGAAGCUGUUGUCAUUGAUCCGAAAGAGAAUAUGUUGGGGACUGUGACGAUCGAAACAAUAAGGAAUAAAUUGAUAUCAGGUCUUCUGCAGCCCACAGAUCUUGUAGAACGAUGUACAACUAGAAUCCUACCGAAAUUGGAUAACAACUCUAUUCUUGGUAGAGCGUUCAGGAUUAUUGAAGGAGAUAAGUUUGCGGUUAUUGUUGACAUCAAAGGAUCUGGAGACUCAAAAGUAGAGGUGCCUCUAGGAAUAAUAUAUGGCGAGCACAUUUAUUCCUAUAUUGAAAAAGGACAAUGAAUAAAAAUAAUAUAUGAGUAAUUAUUAUUGGCAUAAUAUAUUUUUGUAAUAGUUUGUUGUUAUAGUUAUUACAUUAUUUUUGUAUUCAGUUAUUUUAAUCACCUACAUAUAUGCAUGUUUAUAUAAUAGUUCCUACGGAUAAAUAUAAUUGUUUAAGAAA